AUGAUCGUGGGUACCACGCGUCGAGCUCCCUCGUCGGGAAUUUUGCAACAGGUGGGCCGUACCAAGACAGGAGAAGCCGCUAUAGAUCCUGAUCCAACAGAAAACGGGCUCUGGGAUGGAGGAGGCACGUACAGAGCCCGUCGUUGGCUCGGCUGGCUUGCUAAGACUACAAGUCGAUUUGGUGUUUGGGCAGGCAUGGCCUUGGCCACGCAACCGCGUCCCGAUCUUGUCAUAAAAUCUGGCAUAAGCUCGACGGUUGACUUUGAGGCAAGCUUCUGUGUUCCAGACCGUUUUGCUAAGCUGCUGUUGAUGAACGUCGGAAUGUUUGCGGGCUACGAGGUCGUGUUCCGCGUCGACGAAGCGACUUGUCCGCGGUUUUCUGCAACGGCCAAGGUCGUGGUGCAUCUAUUGCUGACACAAAGAGGCAAUAAGCAUAUCUCAGUGACAGGACCAAAUCCCCGACUGAUGUUUUAUCUCUCCGAACGAUGUCGAUGGACUGGUGCAGACAAGGUGAGAGCCAGUGAGGUAUGCCAUCCCCGUGAUAAUAAGGCCAACGUUCGACAAAGGGCGUGGAUGUCUUGGUUGAGCGGGACGGGUGGUUCCUCAGGGCCUAAAAGCAACCGUGGUUUUGAGAAUCAGAAUCUUUUCCUCAGAGGUGAGAAGUUCAAGGCCCAUAGAGCUCCAGAGGCCUGCGGCCUUCGUAUGCGUCUUGAGCUUUGCACAGUCGCUUCGUCUUCGUAUGAUAUCGGCCGCACUUGGUCAGGUCAAGUUGUGCUGCGUGCUCCUCGCCGCUCAAGUAAUGUCUCGAGAGGUAGCUAG